UCUCAGGUUUUUGAAGUUUUAGCAAUGUGUCAGUCAAAUAUUUUAUUUCUAAUUUUAAUUGCAACCAUGUAUACCCGCUAAAUUUAAAAUUUUAUUUUUAUCAAUAACACAAUUUACGAAUGCAUUGAGUAUUUUUUCACCAGAGCAAAUUAUUCAUUAAAUCAACUUAGCGUUUCAGUGAUCGGAAAGAAGUAACCAUCUUGCUAAUAAUUUAUAUUUGUGGAAGUUCUCGUACAUGCAUUUUAUUAUUCCAUUUUAUUCAUCUUCUGAAGGAAACUAUGAUAUAGCAGGAGCUUAUUUGUGCAAUGCAGGAAGUGAUGGAUUUGUGAAACAGUUAUGAGUCUGUGGAGUGAAUUGUGAAUUCACAAAUCCAUAAAGGUGUCAUAAAUGGAGGAUUCCUGCAUCGUUAACUGAAAGCUGUGCCUGAAUGCUCAGAAAGGCUGUCAUUAGUUCAUUCAUCUGUAUAUAGGAUGCCUGGUGAAGGAGAAGAGGCUGUUGACAAUGAUAUAGAUCCAGAUACUCAGCAAACUACUCUUUCCAAAACUCGUUCUCAUUUGCCAAGAGCUGCUUCUUCGAAAGAAACUACUGAAGUUACAGAAAAUGAUGUUGCUACUAGUGCUACUACAGAAAAAAAGUUAAAUAAUAACCAGAGGUGUAGUAAUCGACUCACUAAACGCCUGAAAAGAGACUCUAGUCCUGUAGAUACAGUUACAAAGAAAUCUGUCUCUGUUAAACAACCUGAACCUUCUGUAGAAUCAAAAACACGACGACCAUGGGAGUUGUGGAGUGUUGAAGAUAAAAAUGCCUUUUUUGAAGCCCUCUGUGAAUAUGGAAAGGACUUUGAGAGCAUCCAGACUUACAUAGCUCAGAGAGGCAAGAAAAAAGGUGUUGCAACUAAUAUGAUUAAAAAUAAGAAUCAAGUUCGACACUUUUAUUACAGAACUUGGCAUAAGAUUUCAAAAUAUUUGGACAUUAAUGAAUGUGUCAAAAAGCAAACACAAGAGCUGUAUGGAUUAAUAAAUUAUGCUGAAUUGAGAAAAAAGAUUGGCGGUUGUCUAAACGAGAAAAAUCGCCAAAAGCUUAAUGAGCUGGUUUUCAGUGGGGUUACAACUGUAAAACACAAGGGUAAAAAAUUAAGAAUCAAAACACCAGUCUGUAGAGCUUUGAAAAAAUUAAAUAAUGUUGCAGAUACCAAAGAGCCAGAAGCAGAAAAACUUCCAAAAGAAAUUGUAGUAGAAUUCAGACCACAUACAAAUAAUGCUUGGCUUCAUGUGCAAAAUUUAGCACAAAAUCCAAGAGUACGUACUAAAGUUUGCCUGCAAAAACGCUUAAGAUCUGUGAUAGAGUAUUUGCAACAGAGGUGGAAGCCAUACAGAUUAAAAAGAAAAGAACAAAUCUUAUCUAGUCUUCCAACUUCUUUUUCUGAAGAAUUGCCUUGUGAUAUUCCACCUAUAUUGCGUGUCAAACCGGCCAAAAAUGCAAAGAUCUAUCCGCUUACGCUGUCUGUAAUGGAUGUUGCUUCCAGCUCUGAUGUGUGCCUUGAAAAUUACAUGAAACUUUUUCAUAAUACUCUGUGUAAAGAAAAUACCAAAACAAAGAAACCUCUUUGUUUGAAUCAAAAAAUUCAGAAUGAUAAAUUAAAUGAGGGCUCUGAAAUUGUAUCAGAAAAGAAUGUUCCAAAUGCUGAUACCCUUCCUGAUCAUACUGAUCUUUGCAAUAAUUCUGACCUGCAGGAAUUGUGUUUUCGAACUGUAAAUAAAACUCUUGAUGAUCCAACUUACAUUAAUGUAUUAACUCCUCCAAAAUCAGUUCCUGAAGAAUGUCCUGAACCAAGUGUAAGUGAAGCACAGAGACCUAGAUCUUUUUCACCAAAAUUAGAUGUUACUAGCAAACGAAAUGCAUCUUCGUCAUCUGAUGAUGCUAUAGAAAAAGUUGAUGGGGUUCCUGAAUUGAAUUUUAGAACUUUUGAAAGUAAAUAUGGCAAAACAUUGGAAGAUCCUAAUAAGUGUAAGCUUUUAGCUCCUGAACCUGAAAUUAUGCAGGAUAACGAUUCCGACAGUACCAUGACUCUUGGUGAAUUUAUCAGUUUAAAAACACAGAAUGAUCGAUUUUCUCCUUUGCCUGUGCAAGAAAAAGAGAAAAGCUCAUCCGAAAAUUCAUUAGAAGUUACGAAAGAUGGUUGUUCUUCAAACGAAAGUGAUAGUAUUUAUUACAGGACUGUAAGGAAUGGUUGGACAGUGGAAGAAUCUGGUUUUUUAACAUUCGGUGAACUUUAUCUGUUGUUUGGAAAACCUGCUACAUUAGUUCUUGAAUAUGAAUUUGAACCAUCUGAUUGUGAAGAUCUCUUUGGAAUAUCACAGAGUACAUCUAGCAAGACGAAUGCAUUAAAUAAAGUCCUGGAAGUUGCUCUGAAUUACUUUAUGGAUACAAAAAAUAAGCAGUUACUUGCGAAACAAAAGGGAUCUUCCAAAUCUACAAAAGUGAAAACAUGCAGUGCAACAGAAAAAUCAACUAAAGAUGCCUUGCCAUUUUUGGAUUCUAGCUCAGAUGCGAAUCAUUCAACUAAAGGAACUGUUGUUCCAAAAGACAUUAUUUCCACAAAAACUCCUAUAAAUAUUUCUGAUAGUACUGUUUCUUCUGUUGACAAGCAUGUAUUUGCAAUGCCUGUUGGAACAGCUCCUCGAAAUGUAAAGCCUGCUGAUCAAACCUCAUUAAAAGAAGAAAUAGGGAAACUUUUGCCUGGUACCCGCAGAGGUUGUAGAGUUCGUCGAAAGCCACUUGUUGUCCAGAGACCUUUAUUGCCUCGAGAAGGCAUGCCAAGGCCCAUGACUGUAGUUCAUUUUGUGCCUUCCAUUUCAUCAUUAACUACUGUCAUACCUACGAAUUGUGCGCAGCCUGAAAACAAAAUUAAUAUACCUCCUCCUAAAAAAGUUGUACAAAUUCUUCAACCAGGUGCUCCUAUUGAUAUGCAUCCCAUUCAAGUUCCUAUAGUCAAACAAGUGCAUACAGAUUCUGGUCAGAAUUUGGUUUUUCAGCAGAGCCCCAUUCAAGCUUCCCGUGUUAUUGUAAAUUCCACUGUUGGAAAUUCAAUUCAGAUAAUUAGUGAUUCAAAAAUAUCAUUAGGUACUGUUAGUACACCGAAUGUCACAAGCUCUUCCAUUCAACCCAUUAAAGAGAAUCAGCCCAGCAUAGAAAAUAAUUCUUUAAUAUCUGAAAUUGAGUUGCCAUCACCUCCAAGUUUAGAUGCAUUGAAUCUGGGUAUUUUGAACGAAUCUCAAAAUAGCACCAUUACACCAGAUGACACAUUUGUUACCAUGCAACAAAUGGCCAUGUUAGAUACAUCGAAUAGCACAUUAUCAAACAUCACUCCUACCGUAGGAUCAUCGUUUUUAGAAGAAUUUGGUAUUUCUAAUAAAAGUAAAUUGUAUGAUCCAUCUCCAAACCCAACAAAUUUUGGUGAGGAUCAGCUUUCUACAUUAAAGCGAAACACUCCACCAGGUAGCCCUAACCAUCAGCCUUUCAGAGUAAAUUCGCCUGAAAUUCAGUGGUUCAAUGGUGAAAGUACUGAAUUAUCUCUUAAUACAUUCUUAAAUUCAGUGGAAUCGCCUACUAAGUUGACAUGUGCAUCAACAUCAAAUGUCUCAACAGAAAACUCAAACUUUGACCCAAUUGCAAGGUUGGCUCCUGUUGUUGAUUCUCAAGUCCGUUGUCUCCUUGAUGAAUGCAGCAUUGAUUUUAUCACAAAGUUUGAGGACCUUGCUGAUGUGAUAAAUAAUUCAUCAAGUAACGAUAGCAAACCUACAUGACGACUUCAUUUGUAUAAAUCUACCAUAAUAUCAUAUUGUAAUAUUUGCUACAGUCAUAUGGUAAAGAGAGAUAUAAUUUUUUCAUAAUUAAGGGGUUUUUAAUUUUAAUAUCUAAGUACUUUUCUACAUAAAGUUAUUCAAUUAUGUAUUUACAUUUGUAAUAUAAUUGUAUGUUAAUAUGUGAAAAUAUCUGUAGAUAAAAUAUUUGUAAAUUUUGAAGAGGCAAAAUCCUUUGCAGCUUUAUAAUUAGUUGAACUUUUUUAAAAAACAGAAUUUGUACAGAUUAUAAGUGAUGUGUAAAGGUGAUUUUGUAUUCUGCCUUUUCCGUGGAAUAUGUAUUUUUAAGUAGUAUUGAAAUAGCAUUCAAUUUUAUUGGCUGUACAUGUAGAUACUAUGCUUUAAAAUGCGACUUUCUUUUAAUGGUGUUAUUAAUAUAUAAUUCAGAUUUAAAAAAGAGUAUAUGAAAUGAGAGAGAGAAAGAAGCCAGUUUAUUUUUCAGUAUGGAGGGAUGGGCAUAAUGUUUGCCUGUAUUCUGAAACACUGAAAUGAGCCUUACUUGAAAACAAUGAAACUUACUGGGCAAUUUCAUUGCCCUAGGCGGCUACUUAGAGAUAUAUAAAGAAUUUGAGGGGGGGGGAUGGACUUCUCUCAAUAAUUAUUCUAUGUAUAUUACUUUUUUGUUUUAUCUAGGAGCAAAAUUUACAGAAAUGCAUCUCAGAAUUCUUGCCUGCUGGGCCAGUGUUUAAUUAAAAAGCUCUUAGUCGCAGAAUAGCACCAAUUCCUAUUAACAUCAAAAGUUUAAGCCACUGAAGAGCUUUAUCUCUACAGUAUGUUAAGAAUAGUUUGGAAAUAAUUUUAUUCGUCCAUAAAUCUGAAGUGUAUAUGUGAAUAUUUUUUAUAGUUAAAAUAUCUAAAUUUAUCCAUAUGACAUUCAAAUAUUCUCCUUCUUAGUUUUUUACCAUAUAUUAAUUGUUUUUUCUUACUUUCUUUAAUAUAUUUUGAUGCUUCAAAAAAUGUCUAAUUUGUAAUGUUACUGCAUUAAUUAAUUUGUAUGGUUAAUUCUAUAUAAUUUAUUUUUAAAAAGUGAAGUGAACUUAUGAGUGUGCUCAAGCUGAGAAUGAGAAAUUCAUAAAUAUGAGUCUCAAAAAGAAUUGCUCAAUAUUUUGAAGAACUUUUUUCAGUUCUAAUAAAAUUUUGUGUGGUUUUGAAUAAUUUUGAUCAGAAAUUUGUGUUUUAAUUAAUUUUUGAUCUUUCAAAUAGUUCAAAAGCGAAGUCUUUUUGUCCUUCCCUCCCCUUUCAUUUUCAAAAUGAAAAAUUUUAAAUGCUUAAAUAAUUUUGAAAAUGGCAAGUCCUUAUUCUUGUAGAAGUUUUACACAGUAGUAUAUACUUUAAAUUAACUUAAAUUUCCUGCAGAAUGAAUAAACGUGAGGAUUCCAUUAUUACUAUAAUGCUCUGUUGAAGGAACUAAAUUCUAAUUUCUUGCUGGCAGUAGUUAAUAUCCAUGAACCAUUAUACUAUCUUUUCACAUAAUAUUCUGAUUUUUUACCAGACUAAAUAAUUAAAAGUAUCAGUGAAUAUUAUUUACUCUUUUGUUUCUACUCACUAUGUAUAUUCAUCAUUGGGUGGAUGUUCUUGAAGCAUACAUGAACAUCGUAAAUGUAUAAGGUCAGAUUAUGUGCCAUUUUUAGAAUCUAAAUACUCAAUUUGAUCUAAAAAUUUUCAAACGUUGCUUUGAGAAUGAGCCUGAUACUGAUAAUGCAUUGAAACUUCACAUCAAUUUUUAAAAAUAAAAACCUAAAUUAUUUUUAUUUUAUUUGUUAUAUAUAAAAUUUAAAUUUAUGAAAAGUUGAAUAUUAAAAGUAGAAGACGCUUUUAACUAAAGGUAACCACAUUUGGAAAUUUUUUUAAAAUAUGUUCUUUGAGACGAGGUAACUGGUUAUUUUGUUACCCAUAUGAUUUUAUAUUUGAAUAUUUUGCUUUUAUUCUCAUUGCUGUGCUUGCAUUGCAUUUUCUUUUUUUGUAAUUUUGUUUUUUAUACUUUUUUAUGGUUUUUAAUUACAUUUAUUGUUUAAUAUGUUUGUCUUUGUUCAUUAUGGUUUUAAACAGCAAUUAAUGUGUUAAAUAUUUUUUAUUUUUAUGAAUUCAAUUGUUGAAUUUCAAAAUAUAUCACCAUAAAAGAAAGCGUUAUGUUGUGCAUGCAAUUUUUUGAAACCACAAAUUGAAUAUCACCAGCAUCGACUGAGCCACUAUAUUAGCUAUUUCUUAAAAGAAUAUAUUAUUAUAAAGAAAGCAAUGCAUAAAUAGGUGACUAAUUCACAGUGCAUAUAAAAGCUGUAAGACGGAUUGUAUUGACAAAUUUUAAAUUUGAAGAUAGGAAUGGUAGGAAUAUAUUUUAAUAUUAUCAUAUUAAUUGAUCCAUAUCUACAAAUUGGACUGUGUUUCUUAUAAAGCAAUUCAAAGCAUAUUCCUACAGUAAAAUUAAUUAAUUAGGUGUAACAGUAAUCGUUUUCUUUUUUCUGGCUGUUCGAGGGGAGGGGGCGUUGCUAGGGCUUAUUUUAACAUUAGGUAUAUGUGCCAAAAAAUCCGUGUUACAAAAAAUUGGCUUGUUAACAGUUGUGACCAUUCGAAAAGGUUCCAUUGUAUAUAAUUUCAAAAAGAUAAAUUAUUAUAUUUUCUUCAUUUUAUAAAAAUAAAAUAUUUUGGUUUCACACUGGUAGUUUUGAAAAUGUUCAAAUAAAUUCAACAUAAAUACGUCAUUUGUUUUCCGAUUUCCCCCUCCCCUCUCUUUGUGUGGAAUAUAUUGUCUGAUGUAGCUUGAAGAAUCAGAAGCUAUUUUCUUUUCUGUAUUUGAGAGGGGGAAUAUUUUAAUUAUUUGUCUUACAUCUUUCUAUAAUUCUCAUAUAGCAAAUGUUUUUUUAUUAGUAAAUGAGCUCAGACAUCAAGGGUUUCACUUGAUGGCACGCGACACAAUAUUUUGGGCACAUCAUCGAUCUAAACGGUUUGCCUUUUAAUUCAAAAUAACAAAGUUUACUAUGAAGUAAUUCGAACAAACGCGUUUCAUAGCAAAUACGUCGAUAACAUUGUAAAUUAAUCUUUUGUCUAAACCGGGUACAAAAUCUUUUAGUAGAUGUGACGUUAAUUGAUUUGGUCAAUAUGAUUUUCAGGAUACAAAUAAAGUUAGAUACAAUUUAAAUAAGUAUUGUGAUCCUGGAAGGCAAAAUUCGACACCAAAUUUUGAUUUCAUAAAAUAAAUCAAUACUCUCGGUAACGUCCUUGCAGCACUUAAGAUCUUUAGUCAGUUUGUAAAUAUUGUCCUAAUAAUUUUUUUAACCUAUGAUGCUUUAUUAAUAUGUUAAAUCUCAAUUUUUUUUUUCCUAAUAAAGACACUUUUGAUUAUGGUUAGAUUUAUGUAGUCAUCUCUGCACGUUUAGUGAAACUCUUAAGUUCACAACAUUGCCUUAGAUUGCAUCAGUGUGCAAAAUAGCAUGAUAAUAUUUAAAUAUAUAUUAUUGAGAUUAAAACAAAGAAAAGAAAACUUAAGCAUUUUUCUUUUACAAAAUUACAAUCUGCUGUGUUAUGGCUUCAGAAACGUGGGUCUUUAUAAAGUUACACCCCUUGGACCGUCACUGUGUAGUUCAAGAAAUGAGCAGCUAAUUCGCAUAGGCUUAUUUUCCUAGCUGUUUUUUGUUACAAACUUAUGAUGAGAAUACAGCUCUAAAUUUUAUUUAAUAAGUGUUAACUUGAUAUUUUUUAAAAUUAUAUCAAAUUUUUUCCAUUGUUCUGUUAGAAUUAACUUAUUAUUAUCAAGGAAUAGGCAUUAACUAUUGAAAAGACGUUUUAAAUUUAAUAUGAAUGAAAUAUUUAUCAUUGAAUACAUUACCUUGCAUGAGAAGAUAAUAUUUUUGAACUUCUGAUCCCAUUUCUUUUUAUGUUCAUCUCUUUUCGCUACUUAUUGUCUCACUAUCAUUUUUAGAAUCCUCAAAGCAUUAAAUUUCUGAUUAUUUUGUAUUGAUUGUUUUUAUUAUAUUAAUAUUGAGCCCUGAUUUUUUUUAUAAGCAUACUAAAAGCUUCUUUUAUUUUUAAAAAAAAAUCCUUGUUAAUGUGUAUAUCAUCACGCAUUCUUUUAUGGUGAAAGAAAUGUGCUGCAAUAUUUUAUUAUACUAUUAUUAUUCACUGAUUAUUAUGAUUUUUGAUACAAAAGCCAUUUUUGACUAAACUGCACUACACAGAUUCGUAAUUCAAAUGCAGGUACUACUAAAAAUGUUUUUGAAAUGCAAAAAUCCCUAAAAAAUAUAUAACUUGCUAAAAACAUGAAUAAAAUAUUUAAUUGCUCAUUGUGAAAAAUGUAACAAUCAAAAAAUAAAGUUAAAAUAUGUUAAAUAUGAGUAAGAAACUGAAUACCUUUUUGAACAUUAAAAUUAUUUCAAUUGCGUUUUUCACCCAUCAAGUCUGACAAGGUUAGAGUUGAUAAAUAUUCUGUAAGAUUGUGUUUCACCAUUAAAUCAGCAUGACACGUAGAACACAUUGUUUCUCGCCGUUUCUCGCCAAAAAUGAGAUGCUUAUGAGUGAAACGAAUAUGCCCUAUACAGGGACGAAUCAGUUUCACAUGAAAUUUGGGAAGAAUAGGCCACAAACUAAUGGUAUGUUUGCCAGAUUGUAAUUGCAUGCAAAUCUUUCGGCAAAUUUUCUUGGCUCUUAUAUUGUUUCAAACCAUCGACUUUCAUGUUAAGAUUUCUUAACUUAAGGAAUAAAAAUAAAAAAAGAAAGAAAGAAAUUCAGGAGAGUUCUGGAGAAUUAUGACCCGUUUUAGAAAGUUUUCAUCUGCAUUUGAAUACAAUAAUUCCUCACUACCUAUGAUAUUGUUGAUGUUUUGCUCAUCAUUCAUGAGUUAAAGCACAGAUUUUGCUUCAAUACGAUACGUUUCGGUCAAAAUUGUGUAAGAUGAGUAUUUAUUGAUAUUAGAUUUUUAACAAUCUCGUUAACAUUUUAACGAUUAUUGAUUUGAUGAAUCAAAGAAAACACUUCCGUGACUCAAGCAUUUCCAUUUAACAUGGAUGACCGCCCAGUUUUCUGAUUAGUGUUACAGUAGCGAUUGUGUCAGCUUCUUGGAAAUCAUUGAGUAAAUAUCUUGAAUAAUUUAGAAGUUAGGAGGCUAAUAUUAAUCCACAAACAUAAUGCAUAUUUUAAAAUAGUUUCAAACAUUUUUUUUAGUUCAAAAUAAUAAUUAUUUACUACCUCAUUUCAUAAUAUAAUUAUUUUAUUUUUUCUUAGUUUUUGAAUGAUUGCUAAGUUUUAAUUUAUAUUUUGGAUUGGCAAGAAAUAGGAAUAAAUUCUGAAAAUUCUUUUACUUUUUUCUUUGCUAAUAACUGAAAAUUUAAUAUGAUCAGCAAAACAUUUUUAUGUAGAAAAUGGCUUUCACUUAACUCUUCCCUUAAAUUAUUAGAAUAAUCCAUAGCAUCCAUAUCAACAGGCAUUGAGUGUCUUAUCCAACUAUCUCCAGGAAAGAAAAGGUUAUGGGAAGUUAAGAAGCAAGUUAAAGUUUUUGUCGAAUGUAUGCAAAAUUUGCCAAUCUCAUUGCUUUUAUUUUUGAAAUGUAAGAAAAAUAAAGUUAUUGGUUGACUGUACCGAUCAUAAAACAAUGACAAAUUGAAAUAAUGUUAUCAAAAUAAAUGAAUAAACUACAAGUACAAAUUUAGUAUUAAUACUGCACAACAGGGUUGAAGGUAUGAACAUGUUAUUACUCUAAUUUAGUUUUCUUUUCUAAGAGAUCUUUUAUUUCUGAUAAAUUCGUAACCUUAUUAAAAUAUCUUAAGAUGCUGGAAGUGAAGGAAAUAUGAAUAAAAUAUUUUAAUCUGUAUACAUGUUUGUUAUCUGUCUCACUCUUGCAGCUCAUACAUAAAUGUUUUACAUGAUAAUUCCAAAAUAUAAAUGGAAUCUAAACAAAUUGCUAAUGACCACCAACCUUAAUUUUUGUUUUCCUAACAUAACACAAUUUGAUGUUAAUAUUAAUUUCUUAUAGUUGGUUUCACUUCUCUGCUGACCAUUUAUUAAACAGUUAUCUUGAAUAAGUUUUUAUAUGGAAUAUUUGAAUGUGCAAUACGUUUUUUGUUUGUUUGUUUUUGUUUGUGCAUUUUUUGCAACUUAAAUAAGUUGCUGGAAAAUAUUUAAAUAAUUGUUUGUGCAACCCAAUGUAUUAAUUGUGAAUUUCUAUCUUAGUGGUUAUAUAAUAUAACAGUAUAUUUAUUUGCAUAUGUUCAUAUUUUAUGUUAUGUACAAAUAUGUAAAACUGUACCGAUUUUUAUGCAUGUGGUGCCAUAAUUAUUUUUAUAGGUACUACUGGCUAAAUAUGAAUUUAAUUUUGAAAGCUAUGAAUAUAAAAUUUAUGAAAGUAGAUAUUUUAUGCAUAGUUUUUGUUUGGCUGUGUAGUGUUAAAAAAUUUGGUACAUUUUAUUUAAUUUGUUUUUCUUGUUUACCUGUAUCAUAUGUUAUUGAGAGUGAAGUGUUUAUAGUAAUGUUGUUACGUGUAACUUCCUUCGAUAUAUUGAACUUUCUCUGAAAAGCAAUAAUUUUCCAGAAUAUUGUCCAAUGUUUUCCUGCAUUAUGAAAAGGGUUUAGCAAUACUGAAACUAUGAGAGGGAAAUGGUUAACAAUAUUUAUUUGUAAUGUUUUAUCGUUUUUUAAUGUAUUUUAAAUAUGGUUAUGCAAAUAAUUUGCAAUCUAGAAAAAAAUAGUUUCAAUUUCGUGUUGCUAUUAAAUACAAAUGAACUGUUCCAAAAUUUGAGCUUAUGUUAAUUUUAUUUCUCUACCUGCUUUUUGAUAGUCUAAUUGCUGCGAGAUUAUUUGAUUGCUUGAUAUUAAAAUAAUAUUUUUAUUGCUAAAAUUAGUUUUAAAUGAUUUGUGUAAGACUAAAUCAUAAAAAAUAGUAAGAAAAUGAAAACAACUUAUAGCAAAUUCUUUUAAAUGGCUAUCUUAGUUUGGCUUGUUCUGCAUUCUUAAUUUAAAUCUAUGUAUCGAGUGAGAAAAAAAGCAAGCACAAAUAACAUUUAACUUAUUAAUUAAGCUUUUGAGUAAUUUUUUUAGAACAAAAGUGACUGGUUUGUUUAGUCUUAAAAUUUUUUGAAAGCCGACAAUCAUAUCAAUUAAUGCGAUUUUUAUCAUUGUUUUAACUUAUCUUUUUAUUUAAA